UAAUUAGAGAAACAGCCUCUUACUUAACCCUUUGCCUUUGUCUCUCUCUCUCUCUCUCUCUCUCUCUCUCUCUCUAAAUGCUUCCCAUAAUUCUUCUCUCUGGUUCAUGUGGAGCUGUGUAAUCUUUUGGUGGAGGAAUGCUUGUCGCCUACUUAAUAUUAAGAUAAGAAAAGCUUUCACGCUUCCAAAGACGUCUCUUCCUACUCCUUCCGCACUCAUCUUUUCCUCCUGCUUCUCUUGGUUUGGUUGCUCUUUUGUUUGCUUCGUAUGGAGAAGCACAAGUGUCGCAUAUGCUUCCGCCGCUUCCCCAGCGGUCGCGCUCUCGGCGGCCACAUGCGCUCUCACGUAAGCUCUGCCACCCCUCCGCCCAAGCUCCAUGGCCAUCACUGCCCCGCCGGCCACGCGGUGGCGGAGGGGGAUGAGGAGGGUAAGCUUACCGAACAAGCUUCCUGUGGCCUCAGGGUGAAGGGUCGGAAGAGGUCCCGCCUCGAGGACCCGGAGUCUUCCUCCGCCUUCGCCGCCGUCGGGUCCACCUACGCUGUCGUCGAGGACGGCGAGAGCGAGACCGACGCCAAUCACCGUUGCCGAUCCAAGCGAGCCCGCCACGCUUACUCGCGUCCGGAGCCGGCGAGCUCGGCAUCGGAUGUCACGACGGAGGAGGACGUCGCACUCUGCCUCAUGAUGCUCUCACGCGACUCCUGGAUCAGCGGCGAUGUGGAGGAGGGAAAUGUCCGUCGGAUCACCUCCCGUUCGCGGCCGCCGCGGAGGAGGCGAAGCAGGUUCCAGUGCGGGAAGUGCAAGAAAGUGUUCCGGUCGUACCAAGCGCUAGGCGGCCACCGGGCGAGCCGCCACAACCACAAGCCGAAGAGCUGUAUGCCGGCCGUCGGACAGCGGACCGACGGCGACGACGACUUCGAGGCCGAUGCGGACGCCAAGGUCUUCGAGUGCCCCUUCUGCCUCAGAGUCUUCGCCUCCGGCCAGGCUCUCGGCGGCCACAAGCGAUCACACUUAACAUCCUCCGCCGCCACCACCAUGACUACCACAAGCGAUCACGCCAAAUUCAACCGUGCUCUCGGAGUAAUUGAUCUCAACUUGCCUGCGCCGGCGGAUGACGAUGUGGCUCUGUCUGCUGCUUCGGACACAGAGUUCAUCGUCAACCACACAGCGAGCUGAGAUUUCAUUCUUCAUGCAUCCCAACUCCGGAGCUGUACAUGAAGCAAAUAGUUAUAGUUAGUUCGAGGUUACAUAUGAAUUUUAGAGGAAACAAAAUCAACUUUUUUUUAAUGUAGAAAUAAUGAUUUCGUGAUUCAUUUUGUUAACCUAUGACUUCCUCUUACUCUAGAAUAAACAUGUUAAUUUACUGCUGCUUAGUUUCCAGUUCUUCUUGCUGAAUGAUUCUUCCUGCCUUUCGACUCGCCGCUUGCAAAGCUCCUUC